AUGAAAUCCUAUCUCUUCGCUUUGGGCCUUGCCCUCUGCUGCGUCGUCCAGGCUGAAUGGAAAGAAGUGACCACAAUCAGCAACCAGGAUAUGGGUCCCUGGAUAAGCUUUGCUGUUGCGUGUAACUCAUCAUUCUGCCUGGACCAGAUAAGAAACAUGUCAGCAUUUAUUGCAGAGGUGUCACAACCAGAGGAAGGAGUAUUUAGCAUUCGGAUCUUUAUCCACAUGCCGGACGGGUGCAAGGACGUAACGUAUCAGUAUAAGAAAGGAGAAGAUGGGAAAUACCGCAGUUUCUAUGAUGAUUCAGUGGUGACAGUGGAGUCCGUGAAGGCCAAAAAUGAGUACGUCAUGUCCAUCAUCAACGUCAACAACGAGUUCAGAACCGCCACACUUCACGGUCGGAAAGUAACCCAGGAUCCAGAGAUACUUCAGAAUUUUAAUGAUGAAUGUAAAAAGCUCGGCUACAAAGAAGAUGAGAUUGUGGUUUUAAACCCAACCGGUAAUGCAAUUCAGAGCAGAAAAGUUGCUGGGAAUUGGUACCCUCUCGCAAGCAUAGUUAUUGAAAAGCAGUUCCCCCAAUACACAUUAAAGGCCGAACCAAAAGGAGAUCUGAUGUACACCUUUAACUCUCUUGAAAACGGCCAGUGCAAGACUAGACAGCUCCCGUUCACUAAAUAUCAGACGCCGGGGAAAUUCAAGACCUCAAGCCCCACCUUCGGCCAAAUCGUGGAUACGGAUUAUGAAACCUACUUGAUUAUUUACUUCAUUCUGGGGUUGGACACCUUCCUGACACUUGAUGGCAGACAGCAAAACUUAACGCCAGAUUUGGAGACGAAAUUCAAGAACGUUGCUGCCUCUGCAGGAAUCACAGGAGAGGUUGUGCCCGUUGUCUUGAAAG